UGAACGCAAACCCAGAAUUCCGAUCAAUCAGAAGAAAGCAGAAGCUCCAUUUUCUCUGCGACACAAGCUUCAGCUUCUCCCCGGUCUGCAAUUUCUAGGUUUUGCAUGGACGCUGUAGCAGAAUCAUCGCCGAUUCCGGAAUCGAAGGCGGAUGAUCCGACGAUACAGGAUGAUCUCAAUUCUACGGUUCUAGAUCUCACCAGCUUUCAGCUCCACGACCUCGACUCUAUCGAGCUGCCUUCUAGUUUAACGGAGUUGGACCUGACGGCGAAUCGACUUUCGAGUUUGGACUCUCGAAUUGGAGAGCUCUCGAACCUGAAGAAGCUCUCUAUUCGUCAGAAUCUGAUCAAUGAUGCUGCCGCUGAAUCGCUUUCUCGCUGGAACGCACUGUCAGGUCUCGAGGAGCUUGUUCUUAGAGACAAUCAAAUGACGAAAAUACCUGAUGCGAGCAUAUACAAGAGGCUUUUGAUAUUUGAUGUUUCUUUCAACGAAAUCACUUCGUUACAUGGCUUAUCCAAGGUCUCCAAUUCACUGAAGGAACUUUAUGUAUCUAAGAAUGAAGUUGCUAGAAUCGAAGAGCUAGACCACUUCCAGCAGUUGCGGAUUCUUGAGCUUGGUUCCAAUAGACUGCGGGUAAUGGAGAAUUUGAAAAACUUGACCAAUUUACAGGAGCUUUGGUUAGGUCGUAACCGGAUCAAGGCAGUUAACCUCUGCGGACUAAAAUGUCUCAAGAAAAUUAGUUUACAGAGCAAUCGUUUGACUUCAAUGACAGGAUUUGAGGACUGUGUUGCUUUGGAAGAACUAUAUCUGAGCCAUAAUGGAAUUUCAAAAAUUGAAAGCAUGUCAACCUUAGUCAAUCUUCGUAUAUUGGAUGUUUCAUCAAAUAAGUUAACGAGUGUGAGUGACAUUCAAAAUCUGACAUGUUUAGAAGAUUUGUGGCUUAACGACAACCAAAUAGAAUCACUUGAAAGCAUUUCUGAGGAUGUUGCUGGUUCAAGACAGAAGCUCACAACCAUCUACCUUGAGAACAAUCCAUGUGCAAAGUCUCCCAACUAUUUCGCCAGACUAAGACAGAUUUUUCCGAACAUUCAGCAAAUUGAUUCGGAGGUCUUUACCAAGAACUUCUGAGAGCAGCAGCCAACUUCUUGUUGUGACAGCCAUAAUAUGCAACAGGAAAACAGCAGCAGAAGCCACAAGACUAAGGGCAGAGACGUAAAAGUGCUACGAAUUGCUGUCAAAUGCGAGAAUGCAACCUAACUUGGUCUGGUUCAGGUGAAUGCUCUCUGUCACAAAAACUUUCUUCUUUUAAUUAUCAUAAAUUGAUUAUGUAAUUAGUUGGAGAUUAGAUGCUGUUUUGAGUCCAGGGUUUUGGUGAAUAAAAAAUCAUUUUUGUUUUCGCUGGGUAGGAAAAAAAAUACAGAAAAGUAAGAGAUAUUUAACAGAAUAAUACGUAUUUUAUUUAUUAUUUAACUGAGCAGAGUACAUU